AUGCCGACCGCCCACGUGCGGCCGGAAGACGGCGAGGCUCUCCAGGUCAUUGCCAAUGCCCUUGACUUCCGAUCUGAAAAUGGUCUCUACCAGCUUAUCCAGGCUCAAUACGAAGCUGCCGCCCGGUUCCAGUCCCAGCUCCCUAUGUCCGCCGUAGAGUCGGUUCCCAGCACUCGCGGUUCCCAAGAUGACGCGUCAAAUAACGACGAGUUCCCCACAGCCAGAGCCAGUAAACGCCGGAAACUUGGACGCGUCGAAUCCGACGAACCUAGCACGUUGGAUGGCGUGGCAGAGCUGUCCAGUGCCGAACAGAGAACAAAAGGGCGACGCGGCAACAGAGGGAGGAGGAAAAGCAGCAGACUCUCCCAGAUUGACGCGACGGAGCCCAGAAGCGAGGACUCAAUUACUGUCAAGCCGGAGCCUGCUCUGGCCUGUGACACGUCGACCAACCGGAAAGCUCGUCGCCAAAGAAAUCGUGAGGAGGAGGAGGAGGAGGAGGAGCAGGAGGACCAAGACGAGGAGUGCGAGCUUCCUCAGAACGCUGCCUCUCUCCCGCCCGAGUUCGAAUCUCCUCCCCGAAACCAGACGUAUUCCACGCUACCACAGUCCUCGCCUCCUCGCUACUCGGACCGGAUCUUCCCCUUUUCCAGACAGAGCCGCCCCGUCAGCGUCGGCCUCUCUCUUGACACUCGGCAAAGCUUCUUAUUCAGUGAGAUCCGCGGAAGGUGGGCAAACUGGGCUGCCACGGGCCGCGACAUGCCCUCCUCACCGCCGUCAGUCGCCCCGUUUCCGGCGACCCCUACGACCCGAGGGCCUAUGAACCCCCACCACCGUAGAGUACUCGCCGACCUAGCCGCCGAAUCCCGUUCCCUGGGGGAUCCUCCUCACUUUUGCAGCUCCUCGCCCCUCUCCUCACCGCCGCCCGUACUCUUUGACCCCCGGGAUGAAUCGCCCUGCUCGCCCCGAGGAUCUAGUUUCGGUAGCAGCACCGCGCCCUCGGAGACGGACGAAACCCCACCCUCAUCUGAUCCUGGCACCUCCUCGCAGGGUUCCACCCUAUCGGCGAAAUUACCAAUCCCCAACAUCAAGGGGCGCGACUUAUUUGACGCGUCAAUCUGGGCCUGCCCCGUCCGAACCUCUGUCUUUUACACCUUUGCCACCACCCUCCGCCAGAAAGCCCGCGACGUCUCGCCCACCACCUCGCACCAUUUCAUUGGCCAUUUGCGUGACCGGGGAAGUUGGAGCCGCUUCUCAAACCGACGGUCAACCCUGUCCCGCCUGAGCUCCGUUGUGAGCAAAGAGGCGUCUAGCUUGAGCGAAGACGGUUUGGAAGCUACAGGGGAGUCUAAGCAGAUGAUUGACAAAGAAGGUGAGAGCGUCGGCACUGGACAGGCUCCGAUAGAUGGUCCCGACGUUGUAGCCGAGCUUUCAAUAUGCCAAUCUCAGGACACCACCGAGGGAGGCUGGGACGGGGACGAUCGGGAAAUCGAGACCCUAUCCGGCCGCCAGCCAGAGUGUCCCCACUGCGCCGGUGCUGCGGCUGCGCGACAAGAGAGGGGCAAGCGGGCUCUAGGUGUCGGGAAGCUCCGCCCUGACAUUGUGUUAUACGGCGAAGACCACCCUAACGCCCAUUUGAUUUCUCCCGUCAUCACUCAUGACCUCGGGCUUGGUCCCGACCUCUUGCUUAUUCUCGGGACGUCCUUGAAGGUCCAUGGUCUCAAAGUCAUGGUUAGGCAGUUCGCCAAGGCCGUGCACAGCAAAGGAGGCAAGGUGGUGUUUAUCAACUUCACCAAGCCUCCCGAGAGUAUCUGGGGAGACGUGAUUGACUACUGGAUCCAGUGGGAUUGCGACGCAUGGGUGGACAACUUGAAGGAACGAGUCCCGGCGCUAUGGCUGCCGCCCGGUGCCGCGUUACCGGAGCCACCGAAGAAACGCAAGAGGGAGAGCGCGGGCGGCGAAAAGAAAAAGACGUCGACCAAGAGAAUGUCUCUGAAGAAGGAAAAGACCGGAGAGGGUGCUCUACUACAAGAUACUCCAGUAACCUCGGAUUCAAUCAUCGCAAGUGGGCUACCCUACCAGGCCGUAGCGCCUGGAGAACAAAAGACCGAAGCCGACGUACUAAACGCGAUAUCCGAAAUAGCGGAUAAAGCCCCGGGCGAUGCGUUGGAUCCAUCCGGUACGCAGCAUGGAGCGCAGAAGCGAUCCCCAAAACCGGCCAAGGGCGUCAAGGAGGACAAGAUCAAUGGAGCCUACCUAACGUGGAGGAUUAUGGAUAGCCUUCGACGGUUAUCCGGGAGACCCACCCCGCCACUCAUGGAGUUGCCUUCAUUGGCGGCAACAUAUGCAGCCGCCGCUGCUGCCACCAAGAUCAAGCGCAACGAAGCAGCCAAGGCCAGGCGCCAGAGAAAAUCCGCUCCAGCUGCGCUCACACGACCGGAUCCCGCCGUUCUCGAAGGCGGGCCAGAAACUGAAGCAACAAUGGUACCGGCCGCCAUAUCCACAAGUACUAUAGCCUCUACCUCAUUAGACGUAUCAACAGCGGUGGCACCAGACGGAGAUUGCGCGACGCCGCCUAUGCGACACACGCCUUCCGUUACCCAGUCCUCACCACCCAUCCCCAUCACUUUCCACACACCAACGUCCAUUCUGCUGCCCAAGCCACAGGCAUCGAUUCUCGCCGCUGUCAAGUCGAAUCCCAGGCGACGCAAACGCAAGGUGAUUGACGGGGAGGAGGUGGUGCUACCCUGCGUCAACAGCAGGGGGUCCGCACCAAGUCCUCCCCGCUGGCACGCCCUCGAGCCAUCGCCGAGCUGGCGCCCGAACCCUAUACCAACCGGACGGCAAGGAAAAUGGGCGGUGGAUAUCGACGACGCCGAUCCCUAUCCCCCACGUUCCCCAUACAUCACGGCCAACGCCAAUGAAGUCGUCGGUCCCAGCGCAGCAAAGGGCUGCGGGGACGUCGUGCUUGGUCUCGUCGCGUCCCAAGUCUCUAUCAUUGUCCCUACCUCUACCCCCGUCGCUGUCCCUCCCACCACCCCGCCACCACUGGCGGCACGGGGCGACGAACUUUCAGAAUCACUCGCACUCCCUCCCCUACGGCAGCCGUUAUCCCCGGCAAUCGCGAGCCACAUGCAGCUUGUAUCGCCAGACUUGUGCAAGCUGGAGCCGAUGGAGCCCUCAUCGUCGCCGCGGGGCCCGCUAGCCACCAUCUCGACGAACUUGCGGACGUCUGUGGUCACGGGCGAUUUGAGAAAGAAUCCCUUCUUUUUCGCGGACCCUUCGGUCAUGUGGGAGGAGCUGUCCUGGCGAGAGAGGGCGACCGGGGCGGGCAGGUUGAGAUGGAACUAG